UGUUCACAUGGUUCGUAAUGAGAAUAAAUACUAGUUGGAGUUCGAUUGAAUCACAGUGGCGAAGUGCGUCGAAGAAUUUGAGCUUCUGAGUGAAAUAUCCCAUUGUGUGAGAGCUGGUGUGCUACUGUGACUUCUCUGUCUCGCGUAGGAGGAAACGUGCAACUCCAAAGCAUUCGAGUAGACAACAAGGUGAUUGUUGACACAACACCAGCAGAAACUACUAGAAAUAUGAAGCGUUCUGAAUCUGGAAACAGAGCUGUUGCGGCUGAUAUGGUAAUGGAUCAUGAAUUAAAGGUUCAAAGCUGGCCUUUGAAAAACGAAACAUUGGAUAUAGCAGCCUCUGUACUGAAUGUGAGUGGUGAAGAAGACAGGAAGGUAGAGAAUUUGGAAAGCAAAACUCCUUCAGAAACUGAUCAAGACACGAGAAUCCCAAAGGACAAAAUUUCCCAAAUAAAGAGCCCUCUAUUGAGGAGCAUCUUACAUUUUGCCAACAGGUAUGGAAAUGAUGAAUUCAAGAAGGAGACGAGUAAAUCUAUUCUUCGCUCAAAUGAUACUGCUGGGGAUGAUGAUGAAAUGGAAGAACACAAGAAAGUAGAGAAUUUGGAAAGCAAAACUCCUACUGAAGGGGCUUCAGAAAGCCGCCUAUUAACGGGCGUCUGAGCGGGGCGGGGCAUACACAAUGCUCAUGCCCGCCCAAGAGUGAAGACAACCACGGCGGGAAUCAUCGACGCAGCUAAUAUCUUUGCCUUCCCUUAGGGGGACCCACGAGCCAGCUGGAAGAUUCUUCUUGAUUUGUCUUAUAUGUAUAGGAAUUUGGGCCCUGGUUGUCAGGCCCAAAUAUAGGAAAGGUCCAUAUCAUGACCACCCCCUCUAUAAAAGGGGAGGUCAUCCACUUGUACGAAACCAACUUUUCAGCAUUAAUGAGAAUAUUCCUUUUAUGGUAGUUUUGCUAUUUUAGUGCUCUGCUAGGGUUUACUUUUUGUCUUUCUCUUACGUAAGCUUGCCCUAGCACAGAACAUGAUGAAUUCAAGAAGGAGAUGCGUCAAUUUGUUCCGAACUCAGAUGAUACUGAUGGUGAUGAUGAUGAAAUGGAAGACUGUGAGCCAGGACUCGCUGUGAAUUUUAAAGCAAAGCAUGGUCAGCACAAUGACUACUGGAAUUUGCUAAGAAAUGCUUAUCUUUUAGAGAAAGGUGAUAAAAAAAUUGACAAUGCUUCUGCUUUAUGGAAAAAGCUCCUUGAGAAUGAUAUUUUCAAGCAGAAAACCCCAAUGGAAAAUACAGUGUUACACGUAGCAGCUGAAAACGGAGUUGAAGAUUUAGUGGAGGAGAUUGUGGGAGAAGCCCCUGAUCUUUUGACAGCAAAAAGUUUGAAUGGUGAUACCGCGCUGCAUGUUGCUGCGAAAGCCGGACAAUUCUCUGUUGUUAACAAGUUGAUUGCUGCUCACUUAAAAAAUUCAUCAGAAAACAACAUCAAUGGUAGUCAGGAGGCUCUGAAGAAGAUCCUCGAGAAAAACAAUCACGGACAUACCUUCUUCCACGAGGCCAUAAUCAAUGGUCACCACGCAGGAGUGAUGAAUUUCCUGAUUUCUCAUGAUGAUGGUGGUAAUUUGAAGGAAGUGGCUAAGGGUGCUGCGUGGGCUGUGACAGGUGGUAAUGAGAAGAAAUCAGGUGUGUAUUUGGCGAUUGAGGCAGGCUACAAGGAUGUUGUUCAUCAAGCACUAACGAAAGGAAUUCCGGAGGAGGAUCCAGAAUAUGUUCCCCCAGGAAAAUCACUCCUUCUUGCAGCAAUCAAAAAAAAGAAUAAAGGUAAGUGUGAUACACAUGCAUUCAUGCCUAGCCUAGGCAUGUUCUUUGAAAUUUGAUUGCAAUUAUAUAUUUUUAUGUUCUUUUUUCUUCGAUCACUCUCAACGUAAGAGAGAUACCAAACCACAAAUACAUAUAUAUCCAGAAUGUAUCAUUGUCUAGUCCACCUAGAGAGAAACUCAAGGAUACCACUUUGAUUAAUAUCAGAUCCAGCCUUAAUUUACAUCAAAAACUGAAUUCACUCACAGCAUCAACACCUUCUCAGCACUAAGGGUAAUUGUCGGCAGGUCAGGGUUCGAACCCUGAGGAGAGUUAAUUUGUAUUAAUUUACUAACAACUAACAUGUGAUGUAGCAAAAAAAGCAUAGAACAAUUUCAAAACUACCAAAUCCCUCCUUACUGGUGCAAUUCUUCUCCCCUUCCUCCUUGGAAACCAGUGCUUCCACGCAACUACCAGAAACUGCACCAUGUUUUCAUUUAAGAUAUAUAGUAUCAGAUUUUUUUGGUUACAUAUAGUAUCAGAUUUAGUUUGUCAUUCUGUACUAUAUAUAGUGAAAAUGAAUAAAAUACUGAUUCACUCUUUAGUCACACUCAAGUGAGAUAUAUAGGAUGAAAAGAGAAAUAAAGUAGAGAUAUAACUGCUAAUAUGAUCGGAAAAAAAGAGAGAUAAGAAGAGAAAGUAGUGGAAGUGGAAUGGAAAAGAAAAUGAAUCAAAACCCUAGCGUAAAUUUCUUACUUGUAGAAUACACUAGGCUGUAAAAGUAAUUUAAUUAUAAAAUCCCUUCCCUCGUCUUUGCUAACAAAAAAUUGAUUACUUCCCCUAACCUCCUCUCCCCUCAUAGGAACCAAACAUUACAAUAAUUAAAACCCUUCUCCUCCGCAGAACCAGACACAUCCUAAGUGAGAUCAACGGUGGUGCCAAAAUAUAAUAUUUCAUUUAAAUAAGUUUGAGUCAUAUUUAUUUGUUAGUUUCAAAUUAACAUGUUUGCACUUAAUUUACUGAUUUUUUUUAUUCACCCUUAAGGUAGAUUUUCACAGUUCCCUUCUCAAAAUUAGACUACUAAUAGUUGUUGAUUAUUUUUUUUUGAAAAGAGAAUAAUAUAUAUAUAUAUAUAUAUAUAUAUAUAUAUAUAUAUAUAAUGUUGAGAAACAACUCCUCUCAACAUGGGUAAAAUAACCUAACUAGCAAAAGCUAGCAAGCACGCAAAGGUGCUUUAAACCCCUAAAGUCAUAGAAUAAACCCCACUAGAAAAGACCCAAUAAAGUCGAAAAACAGCAACAAGUCAAAUGAAGUUGUUCGACACCUACAACAACGAGAUUCAUCCUAGACGAUCAAAACAAACGAACUAGAAGCAAAACAAUCAACCAACACCCACGCCACCAAGGUCUCAAGUCAAGGUCCAAAGCCGCGCUUAAAAAUCACUUGGAAUAAAACAUAAACACAGCCAGAGCUCCUUCCAUAACAAAAUGUCUCGAAAGGCAGGCUGAUCGACAUACCAAUAUAGCAAAAGUCCAAGGCAUCUUCAAGCAAGAAAGAACGCAAAUAACCAUCACUGCACAAAGAAAGCCACACUCUUCAAGCCAACCAGCCACAUAACAAUCACCCUCAACCCCUCGAACACCACUCCAGCCACCGACGCUGAUGGAGACUGAGCCCAACGGUAACCCACAGGCCAAAAACCACGAGGAAACCCCAUGGCGGCGCGCCAAAAGCACCGAAACAGAUCUGAAAACCCACAGGGCCGCAAACCAACAACCACAGAUCUGUCGGGAACGAGGUGGGUCACCGAAGAGACAAAGAGGCACCGACGACUGGAACUGGAGGGGCGUGAAAACACGAGGACGAGGAGAAGCCGAACAGGAAAGGGAGACGCCACCGGAACAAACCCAGAACUGGCCUCACCAAGCAAUCACAGAUCCGCGGCCGAGGAACGGCGAGGUUCCGGCGGAGGCAAAGUGAGCUCCAAAGAGACGGCUCUAGAACUCCAAACCGAGCAGGGCCCGACGCCACCACACAACGCCGCAAGAAUUCCGAAACCCAUCAACGAAGGGGUCGCCGAACUGAGAUAGGAAGGCAAGGAUCUGGGCAGAUCUGGCCCAAUAGGCAAGCACAUAUCUGGCAAACAACUCACCGGCGACGACCACGAAAGCAAGGCGAGGCGGCGGCGGGGAAAAGACAGAGGCACUGAACUGAGAGGAGAGGUGACAGCGGGAUAAGGGAGAGAGGAAGCUCAGUUAUUCAGCCAUGGAGAAGAAGAAAAACAAAAGGAAGUAAAGGGAGGGGAUGUGGCAGGUAUUUUAGAUACUAUAUUGACAGAAAAGCCAAAAUGGAUCCAUUUAAUGGAUACCGAAGAAAGGAUUCCUCUACAUUAUGCAGCAUCAAUAGGCUAUCUUAAAGGUGUUCAGGACCUACUUGACAAAUGUGCUUCCUGCGUCAUGGAAAGGGACAUACAUGGAUAUUUGCCAAUUCAUUUGGCAGCUUAUGCUGGCCACGUUACAAUAGUUCAAGAAUUGCUGAAAUCAAAGUACUGCCCCGAUCCAAGAGAGAUAGUUCACAAGGAUGGCCGAAAUAUUCUUCAUCUUGCAGCUCAAAGUGGAAAGUUUAAUGUGGUAAAGUACAUCAUGCAGGCUUCUGAUAAUGGACUUCAAAAGAUGAUAAAUGAACAGGAUUAUAAUGGAAACACUCCUUUGCAUUUGGCUACCUUGUGUUGUCAUCCCAGGAUAGUGCAUUCCUUGACAUGGGACAAGAGAGUGAAUCCCUGUGUGGUUAACAAAGAUGGUCAAACAGCUCUUGAUGCAUUUGAGAUAUCUAGCAAUCCGCCCCUUAGAGAGCAACUAACAUGGAUAGCAUUAAAAUCAGUUGUUCCACAACCUGUUGAGCCAAAGUCAAUGGCCAUCAAGGUCCCUCCAGAAAGUACAUAUAAAUUUAUGCAACAAGAGGGCCCAGACAUGGAACCGUUCAAAGACAGAAUCAACACACUUAUAGUGGUUUCAACCCUUAUAAUUACAGCAACAUUCGCCACAGGUUUCGCUUUGCCCGGGGGUAUAUUAAUGGCUCAGGUGAUCCAGGGCCAGGUAUGGCUGUGCUGCUACAUCACAUAUGGUUUAAAAUAUUCAUCUUUUGCAAUACAAUAUCAAUGUAUGGUGCAAUUAGUGUUACUAUCAUUCUCAUUUGGGCCCAGCUGGGAGAUAUAACUUUGGCAAUUCAUGCGCUUAAAGUGGCAAAGCCUCUUCUGGGAAUAACUCUUGGGACACUGUCUCUGUCAUUUUUAGCUGGGGUGCACCUAGUUAUAAGGGAUCUCACUUGGCUAGACACUUCUUUCUUGGCCAUGGGUUUGCUUUUCAUCUUGGUGCUGUUGUUGUUGUACACUAUGCUCUGGUUCCCCUCAUCAACAAGCAAUCUAGUUGUCAGAUAUGUAUCCUACUACCCCUUCCUGCUGUUGGCUUCAUUGGUUGACAAACAUGGAGAUUAGUUCUAAAAUUAGGCAUAAAAAAUAUGUUACCUGGCUAUAUAGCCAGUUUUAUUUUUAUUUUUAGUUUGUUUCCAGCACUACAACAUUUUAUGGUUCUAGCAACAUUUCUUUUUUCAUUAAGGGUAAACUGUCGCCUAAAAAUGUAAAAAGCCAAUCAUUUUGAAGUCAUAUUUUUGUCUAUUUUGUAAA